AUGCCUUUCGGAAUCCUGGAGUGUAAGAAGAUGGAAGUUGUGCCUGGCACGGCUUUCAUGACCGACCAGGAUGACCUCCCGCCAGAGUACGCCGAGAUCCCCCGCGAGCAGCUCAAGCACGGAACGGGGCGGUACGCCGACGUGAUCCUCGUGCCGCAGCCGUCGGACGACCCCAACGACCCUCUCAACUGGCCGCAAUGGCGCAAAGAGCUAAUCCUCUGCAUCUGCGGGCUCUCGGCCGCGGUGGUGGGCGCGUACGGGCCGAUGCUGUCGCCAGGGUUUCUGGAGAUCGCGGCGAACCUGGACAUCUCGAUCGACGUGCUGGCGCAGUCGACCGCCUGGCUGAUCCUGUGCAUCGGCCUGAGCCUGUUCAUCACCAACCCGCUGGCCAAGAUUAUCGGCCGCCGCCCGGUCUAUCUGGUUGCUAUCAUUAUCAUGUUUGUGACGAGCGUCUGGGGCGCCACCGUGCAGCGGUAUGAUUCGUUUUUGGGGAGCCGCAUUGUGGCCGGGUUUGGUAUGGCGCCGUUUGAGGUGUUGGUGCAGUGCACGAUCGGGGAUAUGUACUUUGUGCAUGAGCGCGCGACGAGGAUUGCGCUUUGGAGUUUGUUCCUGCUGACAGGCAUCAGCGGCGGUUCUCUGGUGGCUGGGUACAUCAUUGAGCGGGACGGGUACCAGUGGACGUUUGGCGUGUGUGCCAUCUUCUUUGGCGUGCUGAUGCUAGCUGUGUUCUUCCUGGUCCCUGAGACGGCGUACAGGAGAAAUGCGGUGACGGUGAUCCAGUCCAGCGAGGCGGAGCCUGGUGUUGAGGGCAGUGUCCGGCGCAUGAAGCUUGGGCAUGAGCACGAUGUUGCUGGGGUCAGCGAUGAGAAGGAGGGAUCGACUGGUUCGGAAUCGACCGUGAUCCCGAAGAAGCAGACCUACCUGCAGUCCCUGCGGGUCUACAGCGGCCGCUACUCGCGCGCCCCGGGCUGGAAGCCCUUUGCAAGGCCGGUAGUGAUGCUCUUCUAUCCGGCCGUUAUGUGGGGAUUCCUGGUUUAUGGCACCGUCAUCACCUGGAUCGUCGUCUUCUCCGUGGUAAACGCCGCUAUAUUCAACGUGGCGCCCUACAACUUCAGCGUCAGCCAGACAGGCCUCAUCAGCCUCUCGCCCUUCAUCAUGACCAUCAUUGGCGAGAUCGUGUCGGGCCCCCUCAACGACUGGAUCUGUGUCUACCUCACCAAAAAGAAUAAAGGCAUCUACGAGCCCGAGUUCCGGCUACCGCUCAUGGCCGUCGCCAUGGUUCUCGGCAUCGUCGGCUUCUACGGCUUUGGCGCGACUGUCCAUUACCAGACCCACUGGACCGGCCCCGUGCUUUGCUUUGGCUUUGCCAACAUGAGCUUGGUGUUUGCCGCCACCUGCGUGUUUGGCUACAUUGUGGACAGCUACAAGAGCCAUAACGAGGAGGCGCUCGUGGCUAUUAACGCUAGGAACCUGCUUACUUUUGGCCUGACGUACUUUGUCAACUCGUGGCUGGAAGCCCAGGGGCCCUUGGUUGUCUUUACCAUUCUGGGGUCGUUGUUUGUGUUUGUCACGUUGUUGACCAUUCCCAUGUGGAUCUUUGGCAAGAAGUUUCGCAGUUUUACGGGCCGCAACCCUUGGCUGCAGCGGUUCAUGAACGAUGACCACUGA